GGAUCCUGAAAAUAGCAAGGGGGAAGCAUACAAAAAACGCUGACUUCCUGUAUUUUUUUUCUAACGAAUGAAUACAUAACGCAGAACAUAAGUGAGUGGGAUAUAAUAUCGGAAAUCGGUAUCGCUGCUGUUGCCACUGCUGUAAAUGCGGAUUGUUUACAGCAGCCCUCGCAUCCUUUCCUCCCUCCCCUUUUCCUCUUUCCCGGAGCGCCGGAGCGCUGGUGGUGAGGCAGCGGCCACAGCUGCUCCCGCUUACCGAAGAUAACGCCUGCAGACCCGGCCACGGCCGUCACAUCACCCCGGGCCCCUGGAGGGUGCGAUCCACAGCAAAGCAGGAAGCAAGCUUUGAUGCCACAUCAUUGUGCAGGAUCAUCCUCCCGUGAAAAAAGCGAACAGCCUCGUCUGGAUUUUAUUAAUCUUCACCUCCAGGUCUUUUCAAGAGUUUGGAUGUACUGUUUCACAUGAUAUGGCUGUUCUUAAACUAGUCGACCAGCCACCCCUCGUCCAAGCCAUCUUUAAUGGAGACCCCGAUGAGAUUCGUGUGCUCAUAUGUAAAUCUGAAGAUGUCAAUGGACUGGACACUGAGAAGCGUGCUCCCCUUCAUGCAGCAGCCUUCCUCGGAGAUGCUGAGAUCACAGAGCUCCUCAUUGUGUCAGGGGCUCGGGUCAAUGCCAAAGACAACAUGUGGUUGACUCCACUCCACAGGGCAGUGGCUUCACGUAGCGAGGAUGCUGUUCGUGUGUUGAUCCGUCAUUCUGCCGAUGUUAAUGCUCGGGAUAAGAACUGGCAGACUCCGCUGCAUGUCGCAGCCGCCAACAAGGCCCUGCGCUGUGCUGAAGUCAUCAUCCCUCUCCUGAGCAGCGUCAAUGUUUCAGAUCGCGGGGGACGCACCGCCCUACACCAUGCCGCCCUCAAUGGGCAUACGGAGAUGGUUAGCCUCCUCCUGGCCAAGGGUGCCAACAUCAACGCCUUUGAUAAGAAAGACUGCCGUGCGCUGCACUGGGCAGCAUAUAUGGGUCACUUAGAUGUAGUGUGUUUAUUGGUGAGUCAAGGGGCCGAGAUCAGCUGUAAGGACAAGAGGGGAUACACACCUCUACACGCUGCUGCUUCCAACGGUCAGAUCGCUGUGGUGAAACACCUGCUCAGCCUGGCUGUAGAGAUAGAUGAAGCCAAUGCCUUUGGGAACACAGCACUGCACGUGGCGUGUUUUAAUGGGCAAGACGCAGUGGUCAGCGAGCUGAUCGAUUAUGGUGCUAAUGUCAGUCAGCCAAAUAACAAGGGCUUCACACCUCUCCACUUUGCUGCUGCGUCCACCCAUGGUGCCCUGUGUCUAGAGUUCCUGGUCAACAGUGGAGCUGAUGUCAAUGUUCAGAGUCGAGAUGGGAAAAGCCCUCUUCAUCUGACCGCAGUGCACGGACGAUUCACGCGCUCCCAGACGCUCAUCCAAAACGGUGGAGAGAUUGACUGUGUGGAUAAGGAUGGAAACACUCCGCUGCACGUCGCUGCUCGAUACGGCCAUGAACUUUUAAUAAACACUCUUAUCACAAGUGGAGCUGACUGCACCAGAAGAGGUGUACACGGCAUGUUCCCCUUGCAUUUGGCUGCUCUGAAUGCUCAUGCCGACUGCUGCCGGAAACUCCUCUCCUCAGGACGGAGGUAUACCAUAAUGUGCCCUCUCAAUAAUGACUCGGUCCUGUCUGCAGGCUUUCAAAUCGAUACGCCAGACAACCUUGGGAGGACAUGUCUACACGCUGCGGCUGCGGGCGGUAAUGUGGAAUGUGUGAAGCUACUGCUUAGCAGUGGAGCUGAUCAUAACCGCAGGGACAAACAUGGAAGGACCCCUCUCCACUAUGCGGCAGCUAGUCGACACUUUCAGUGCCUGGAGACUCUGGUGUCCUGCGGUACCUGCAUUAAUGCCACUGACCAGUGGGGGCGCUCUGCUGUGCACUACGCUGCUGCUUCUGACUUGGACCGGAGGCGGCGUGUGGUCCUGGAACCAGAGAGUGACGGUGUUCAAGCUGAGAGGGAGAAGGAGGCAGCUCUGUGUCUUGAGUUCCUGUUGCAGCACGGUGCUGCCCCAUCACUCAAAGAUAAACAAGGCUACAGUGCCGUUCACUACGCUGCAGCGUACGGCCACAGACACUGUUUGAAACUGCUUUUGGACCGAGAUGAGAACCAUCAAGAUGAGAUGGAGAACAGCCAAACCAGAAGCCCACUGCAUCUGGCUGCAUAUCAUGGUCAUGCACAGGCUCUAGAAGUGCUCUUGGAGGGUCACUGCGAGGUGGAUCAGGGGGAUGAGGUGGGACGGACUCCAUUGGCCCUUGCAGCCCUCAGGGGCCACACUGACUGCGCUCUCACACUUUUGCACCACGGGGCCUCGCCGAGAAGCAGAGAUACUGUACGAGAACGUACACCCAUCCACCUUGCAGUAAUGAACGGUCAUACAUCAUGUGUGCGCCUCCUGCUGGAAGACUCUGAUAAUGCAGAUCUGGUUGACACAGCGGACUCUCAGGGACAGACCCCUCUAAUGCUGGCAGUAAUGGGGGGUCAUGUGGACGCUGUGUCUCUUCUAUUGGAGCGUGAGGCCACUGUAGACAUGACUGAUCAUCAGGGUCUGACUGCUCUACACCUGGGGCUCUUGUGUGGACAAGAGGAAUGUGUCCAGUCCCUGUUGGAGCUGGAGGCAUCAGUGGUACUGGGGGACUCCAGAGGUCGGACAGCCAUCCACUUUGCUGCAGCGAGGGGUCACGCGUCCUGGUUGAGCGAAUUGUUUAAUAUCGCAUCCUCUGAACCCCCAGUGCCCCCAUUGCGAGACAACCAGGGAUACACACCCCUACACUGGGCCUGUUACUAUGGUCAAGAAGGCUGUGUGGAGGUCAUACUCGAACAAAAAGACUUUCGUCAGUUUGAUGGGAACCCCUUCACUCCGCUGCAUUGCGCUGUGGUCAAUGACCAUGAGACUUGUGCCAACCUUUUAUUAGAAGCCAUGGGAUCAAAGAUUGUAACUUGCAAAGACUCCAAGGGCAGGACACCUCUCCAUGCUGCUGCGUUCGCUGGCCACGUUGACUGUGUUCAGCUGCUCCUGGCCCAUAAUGCAUCUGUGGAUGAUGUUGACCAAUCAGGGAGCAGUGCACUGAUUAUGGCAGCGGAGAAAGGAAGAGUUGAGGUUGUAGAAGCUCUGCUUACUGGUGCCAAUGCGAACCUCAGUCUGACUGACCAGAAGGGUAAUACAGCACUUCAUCUAGCCUGUAGUAAUGGAAUGGAGGAAUGUGCAUUGCUCAUUCUUGGAAAACUUCCAGACUCUGCCCUCCUUGCUACAAACGCUGCACUGCAAACACCUCUCCAUUUGGCUGCUCGCAGCGGGAUGAAGCAGACAGUGCAAGAGCUGCUCUCUCGUGGGGCCAGUGUUCAAGUAUUAGAUGAGAACGGUCUCACUCCUGCUCUGGCUUGCGCUCCCAGCAGGGAAGUGGCUGACUGCCUGGCUCUCAUUCUGGCUACCAUGAUGCCUUUGUGCUCCCCUUGCAGCUCUGGAGCUCCUUCCCCAGGCGCCCUGCUGAAAUCUCUGCCCCGCCAGGCCAAGAGUCCCCAAGGCCCCCGCAGUCCAAGGGACCCCUCCGGUCCCUCCAGCGAGGGCACGACCACUGAAAACGACUCGGACUCAGAGACAUUUUGACCCCGGCUCCUUCUAGAGGCGCCCGUCGUAGUUUUCAAAGCACAUAUUGUCAUGAACCUUACAGAAGUUGUACAGAUUUUUGAUUAUGGAGCGCAGCUUCUAUAACAAGAGAUUAUGAAACAUGACAUAGCACACUUGGUACGCUUUUGUUUUGCCACACUUGUUUGCACAGGAGAUUUUUUCGAAAGCCAUUUUAAUCACUUUAACACAGGAUGAUUAGGAUUGCCAAAUGUUGACUGACUUCUCACGCUCAAAGUACGAUAAUUUAUAGUGUUGCGUGGUGUGUCUUAAUCUGUGGACUUUUGAAAGCACAAACCCUGCACAAGGUGAGCUCACAGUCAUUUCACUCCUGUUGACACUGUGGGACCAAUCAGGAACCAAGAAAUCACAUUUUUUGGACCAACAGGGGAAUUGCCAUCACUGUUACCAACCUCACUUAGUAUUUAUUUAAAGGCUGGAAUACACCACAUGACUUUUGCCCAGAUUUUUACUAAUUAACAGUCUGGACAAGUCAACACUAUUCAGAGCCAGUCUGCAGAUUUGACUUGACAAAUUUCACAGAAAAUCACAUAGUAUAUGAUGGGCACUGACUCUAGUUUUUGUUUUUUUUAGUUUAGACUAUUGCUGUGUUCCAUUUACCUUGGAAAAAGGUGCACCGCUGACUUUGAGACAGACAAACAGACGUGCUAAUAAACAAUAUACUGCUACUGUUUCGCUAUGGUUGACGUGCUGAGCAGCCAUAUUGGAUUCUGAAGUGGGGGUUGUUGUGUUUCCCCCGAGUUUCCCAUUCGCAACUCGUGACUUGAGGGGGCAUUCCAGUUAAAAUUUCCUAAUGGGAACUAGGAAUUUCCCAUUUCCGAGGACAAAUGGAAUGCACCAUAAGAUUCCAUCGUGUCUAAGAAUAUCAAACAUGUUUGAUAUUUUGAACCGACUUUACAAAACAUUGUUUUCAUUUGUCUCCUAGCAACAAGUCACGUUUCUUUGUGAGUUUGUUGUGUUUGGAGCGACUUAAAAUGUAGUAGUGUGUGUUAUCUUCAGUUGUUUUGUGUAUAAUUACCAGUGUUUAUCUGUAACCAUCUACAAAGUCUGCAAGCGUAUGACGACUUGUGUUUUAAAAUCUGUUUAGAUUUGAAAAGUUGUGUAGUGUAUUCCAGCCUUUAGACUGUAAGUCCAUAAAACCCAUUGUAAUGUGAUGAAAAUCCAAUGCAAGUUCUACAUGUCCAGUUUGUGCACCAUUUGUACUUUACACAUUGAAUUUGACACGUUGUGAAUAGAAGGCUCUUGAGAUUUAUAUUGUGAAGACGAAUUUUUAUGCUAGAGAGGCCUUGAUGGUCUAAACUUACAUCUGACGCUUUUGGAGAGUGACGCUUUGUCACUCUGUUCCUUCUCAGACAUAGAGACAGUGUUCAAAUAAUACUUCUAUUCAGGUUGAAUUUUAGAUUCUAGUCAGAGGACAUGGCAUGUUAUGUGAACCAGGAUGUUCUCAAGCCUGUACCAAUAUUUAUUAACAUUUAGAUAACAAUGGUACUACAAUUGUAUGCACUUAUGUAUAGGAGAAAAUGGGUGUUUAAAGUAAUAGUUCACCCCUAAAUUAAAAUUCUGUCAUUAUUUACUCAUGUUGUUGCAGAAAACUCUGUUUUCGUGGAGCACAAAAGCUACAUUUUUGAACAAACUAAAUGUGGCUCUUUCCAUACUUCGGCAGUUCAUAGUGACCAUGUCUGUCAAGCUCCAAAAAUGGCAUAGAAAUACCUCAAAAAAUACUAUGUACUGUAUUCCAAGUCUUCUGAAUUCAAAUGAAAGCUUUGUUUGAGAAGGAUGACAUUUAAGCUGUUCACCACUGAAAAUCUUCUUCUUCAGUGAGCUAUUGGUACUGGAUCAUUGCGUCAGUGAAUUGAACUCGAGAACUGAAUCGUGAACAAAUCAAAAAAUAUGGCUUGUUCGAGAUGUGAAUCAAAUCAGCCAAUUCAUUGAAAAGAACCAGUUCAAAAGAACGAUUUGUUCACUAAUUGGACUGAUCAGUGAACUUGCUGACUCAGCUCACAGAAUGGAAGUUUAUCAGCGAAUCAUGACUUAAAUUUCAGUCUGUUCCUUACACAAAAUUAUUGUAUGGCUUUAGAAGAAUUCUCCUUUUGUGUUCCAUGGACAGAAAAACAACACUGGUUUGGAGUGACACGAGUGGGAGUAAAUAACAGUAAAUGACAGAAUUUGCAUUUUGGGGUUAACUAUUCAUUUAAUAUUGAAUACAGAACUAUGAGUAACCUACCGUCUUUUUUCCCCUUUCCUUUUGAAAUUCUUUUAAUGACUUGCACUGGUUGAAUAUGAAUCCUUUUUAAACCGGUUUCUAAAAUGAUUUUGGGUGAUAUCAGCAAGAUUGUUGCUGGUCAGAAACUUUCCAGAAAAUUCCAAAUGAAAAUGUAAGCACGUUUGUCUGUUUGCCUUUGUCCACAAUGUGCCAGUUUCUCCGUGUCCAGUGCCUUGUUCUGCAUUUUCAGAGUUUGUUAGAUUACAUCAGUGUGCAUUUGUGUGCGUGUAUGUAUUAGAGUGUAACGAAAGAGUCUGAAGAUGUGAAGAUAAGUCUGGGUCACACCUGCCAAUCGCAAGCCAAUGUUUUUUUUACCAAGUCCUGAUGUUUGUGCCUAUGAGUGUGUGAUUUACAAUAGAAAAUAGUCUUUGUACAUAUCUGCUCAUGGACAAUAUCAUCACCAGAGCAAAAAUUGCACACAACUGUCUUGUAACAAAAACACAUGGUUGAUUUUCUUUUCAUAAAUUAGUUGGAUUAUGAUUGGACGGAUGCAGAGGAAUGGAGUCAAACAGUAUUAUAACAGAAAAAAAGCUUUGAAAUGUGUGACAAUCUAGAUCAUAGUUUUCUCCUCCAUUCUGAUUUUGAAGGUUCUUUUGUCAGCUCAAGUUUUUUAUAUACAUAUAAAUUGUAUGACUAUUAUAUAAAAUGUUUUAACAGAG